AUGCCACCCCGAAUCAAUAUCCCGCCGGUCACUCGCGUGCUGCUGGGCGUGCUCGUGUUGCAGUCCUUCCUGAGUGCAGCCAUCAGAUACCGCCAAUGGAGCGCAACUUCAGAGAUCGUGAUACCGUAUCUUACGCUCAUCCCUCAGCUCUCCCUUAUUUACCCGUGGACUUUUUUGACCUCAACUCUGGUCGAAAACAACAUCUUUACGCUUGCUAUCGCAGGUGCUACCAUCUACUAUGGAGGUAGAUAUCUUGAGAGAGCUUGGUCCUCGGCGGAGCUGGCCAAAUUUGUCGCCAUUACAGCUCUGAUUCCGAACACCCUGACCUUUGCGCUCAUGAUCAUUUUCUUCACUCUUACGAGGAACGAGCGCUGGACACUGACCGUUAUUGGCGGAACGAUCUCGAUGCAAAUUUCCUUUCUCGUUGCGUUCAGCCAGCUUGUACCGGCGCACACUGUCACGCUCUUCCGAGGCAUCCUCUCCCUGCGAGUCCCGAGAUUUCCGCUGCUAUAUCUCGGCCUGGUGUUUGCGCUCUCCCUGACGCCGCUCUUGACGACCGCCUCCUUCUCCCUUGCCCUGACAGGCUUCCUCACGAGUUGGACCUAUCUCCGUUUUUAUAAGAAGGUCUUCCCAGAUCUCGACGCCUCCCAGCCUACCUCUCUCCGUGGGGAUGCAAGCGAGACGUUCGCAUUUGCCGAGUUCUUUCCCAACCCCGUCAAGCCGUUUGUGGCUGCCCUGUCUGCCCAAAUCUUCGAUGUGCUUGUAGCGAUGCGGAUAUGCACCCCAUUCUCCCCGGACAACGUUCCGGGCGGACGCGGUAACAACUUUAUCCAACGGAGCGCUCCUGGCGGCGCAAGAGCGGAAGCGGAGCGGAGACGCGCGCUGGCGCUGAAGACGCUCGAUCAGAGACUGCACGCGGCAACGGCUAACGCAGCGGCCCGGCCAUCCUCCCAGCCGCCCGCGCAGCAGCCCACGGGUCCGACGGUACAGACCCAACCCCAGCCCAACACACAGACGGCCAUGACCACCGAACCGACCGAGGUCCUGGGAGAGACCAAUUAUACCCCUGACCGGGAUUCGAGCGAUAAGAACCAGUCGUAG